AGCCUGUGACCGGCUGCAACUAUUUUUGGUAAAAUUGGUAAAAUAACACGUUAUAUACGAUAUUUAUCCUUAAAGAUAAAAAUCGGUUAUUUUUAACACAACAUUCAACAAGUGCAAAUGGAACCUACUUCGCCAUGGAAAAAGCCAAACGAAGUGAUGCGGCUACACAGGCUGAAAAAACGGAAGAAAACGUUGCAGGAACGGAUAACACAACCAUCAGGGUCUGGUAAAAAGGAAACCAUACAACAAGAAUCGGUAAACCUCGAUUUUUCAAGAAUUCUUCAUGGAGACAAAACAAAAAACCCAUUUUCAAAAAACUCUACACAACAAAGUAAAAAGCCUAAGUUAGAGGUUGAUCCUCAACUAGAAGAGUCCAGUGAUAACACAUUGUAUGCGCUGCUCAAUUUACCAGCUAAAGUUCCUGAGAAGCCCGCUCAGGAUGUUGAUACAGAGAAGCUGUCCACUUUCUCCAACCUAUUACAAAAGUUCACAGCAGAGCACACUGUGGAAACUGUAGUGGAGCAGAAAUGUAAACAUUUACCCAUUGAUUGGGCUUUGAAGACUAAACUAAGAUUGAUGUCACCGAAACCAUUUGCGUGGAGCUCCAAGUUAAAAGCUAGUGAAGAGGCUUCGGGUAUAACUGGAUUCGUAAGAUGUGUAGAUACAACAAUGUCACAAACGCUAGAUACAUCGCCACGCGCGCGCCUGCAUCAGGCGUGCCUGUACUGGCAACACCCGCACCUGCCGUGGCUGCAGCUGUAUCCUCGCUGCGGCGGCCGCGUGGCCGGCACCAACGCGCUCGCCAGCCACGAGGACAUCACCGAGGCCUUGCACCGCGAGUGGACCGAGAGUUUCCGCUCACUAUUCCAGCUACUCCGCGCCCUGCACUGCCCGUACUUCUACGUAUGCGCGAACACGUUCACGUGCCUGUUCCGCGCGGCCGGCGUGUGCGGCGUAUCGGAGCCCUGCGCUUUCAUAGCGCCCACUACUCGCGGCUUCCGACAAGCCUUGCAGCAGGAAGACGUUGAAUUCACGAUGCCGCUAAGAUCAAACAAGAAAAAACUGAACACCUCAAACGAAGACCAAGCGAAGAACCUGUCGUUUGACAGCAGCUACAGUACGAUGGAUGAAGGCAAAGACGAUUCUGGGGACGAGGAAGACCCCGACGCGUUCCUAUCGCAGCUUGGGCUGGAGACUGAUGUUAUUAAGAAGAUUAAUAAUGCGCAGAGCCGCCUAGAGGCCGGCGCGGAGAGCAGCGUGGACCGCGCCGCGGAGUCGCUGGUGAUGGCGCGCGGCGCGGAGGCGCAGGCGCUGUUCAACUUCCUGCUCAACUGCCGCUCCGCCGCCGCGCGCGCCGGCCCGCUGGCCGCCGUGCCGCCCACGUUGCUGGCGCCCACCGCCUUCCACGGGGCUACGCUGGCUUCCUUGAAGAUCCGCGAGAACGUGAUCCUGUCGGACAGCAAGAAGUUCUACUCGCUGGAGCUGCGCGGGCCGGUGCUGCCGAGCGCGGUGCACGCGCUGCUGGGCGUGGUGCGCGGGGGCGAGUACAGCGCCACCUUCGCCCACCUCGCGCCCACGCUUGCGUUCUCCUGGGCGGCGGCGGCUGUUGCUAAAGACGAAUCUUCUAAAGAAAACGAACCAAACCACUUUACCAAAGCAUUCAACAAGGAGAACUUAUCAGACUGCGGCAUCAGUGAAGAGUUAUUGCAACUGCUCUGCUCCUCAGAUGCCAGCAUCAUCAAGCCCCUGGACAGUGUCAAGUAUAACCCAGAGGACGAUACGUAUACAUGGUGACUGGUGACAUUUGUAUACAAGAACUGUUUGUAUUGUUUUAUAAGACUGCCUUGUUUGUUUAUCAUGAAUUAAAUCACUAUUUUUUUGACAAAUGA